AAGAUAAAGUAUAAGGUAAAGUAAAAUAAAGUAAAAUAAAAAUAAACACGGAAAAACACUUUUUUUUUUAUCUUAAGGAAAGAUUUAAAAUAUAAGAUUUCGCGAAGUGAAAAAAUGAAAGUGGUAUUGUGAUGUGUGCGUGUAGUAUAUACAGAAGUGUGUGUAGUAUUUAAACAAAAAAAGCGAAAAUAAAAGAAAGACAAAGCGAAGAAGCGAACGAGGGUAGCGAAAAAAUAAAUGAAAAACAAAUUGAGAAAAAGAAAAUGAAGAUAUUUGAAAAAGCAGGUGUGGAUCGUAGUGGGAGGGGGUGAGUGAUAGAUAGGAGGUAAAUAAGGGGUUGAGGGUGGCUGUGUUCGAUGGCGUAAACGUUAGGGAUGUGUAUGUCUCCUUUCUUAAACGAAAUCGAAAUCGAUAUCUAUAUGGAUAUAUAAAAAUUUCGACUGCCGAGUUGUUAACCGAUUUAAAUUAAUCCAAAUCGAUUAAAGUUUGAUUAAGAAAUAUUAUUUUUUAAGCAUGGAAUGAAUUAGUACGAGAAUGCAUAGACGAAGAAACAAACAAACAAAAAUAUGAGUGUAUGCUUUCUUAAUCUAUCUUUUCUUUUUUUUUUUUUUUUUUUUUUCAAAGUCCAAAUAACGAUCUCUUCGCAUGUGAUCGUUUAAUAAAAAAAAAAAAGAGAAAGAAAAAAAUGUUGAGUAGGAAUAAAAGGAAAAAAAGUAAUAGAAACGGGAAAGAAGAGAAGAAUGAAACGAACAAUGCACUUUUACGAUAAAGGAUUCAUUUUUGAUUUAUCAGUUUUGGAUCGGAUCUCGAAAGAGGGAGAGAGAGAGAGAGAAGGGGAGAGAGAGAGGGAGAGAGAGGGAGAGAGAGAGAGAGAGGGAGAGAGAGAAAGAGAAAUAUCAAUCUUUCGAUUAAAAUUUACAAUAAGUGAUUAUAUAGACCACCAAGAUAAAUUCUAUCUCUAAUAAGAAAUCAUUUUAUACCGAGUGUAAUUUAUAAAAAUUUUUCGAUCUUAGUAGAUUUUAUUCGUCUAACUUUUUCGAAAAAUUCAUGAAUAAUUAUAAAAAGAAUUUAGAUCUGCUCAUCGCGUGCAUAUGUACAUAUGUAUGUAUGUAUGUAUAUGUGUAUAAUACUACGUGUAUAUGUAUAAUGAUAUUAUAUAUUUAUAUAUUACAUAUUUAAUAUCACUAAUCACAAAGAAAUAUAUAAGUAAUAUCAUACGUAUUAAUAUGUAUUUGUAAUUAUUGAUAUUACACGUUUAUAUAUAUUACACGUUUAUUAUAUAUGUAUAUAUAAUAACAUUACAUAUAUAUAUAUGUGUGUAAUAUAAAUGUAAUGUUAUUAUAUUUGUGCAUAUAUAAUAACAUUACAUGUAAUAUCACAAAACAAAUAUAUAAAUAUACAUAUACAUAUACAUAUACAUAUACACGUAUGUAAUAUAUCAGUAAUAACAAAUGUAAAUUACAUAAGACAUUUAUUCUCAGUCUCAUUAGAAUACGUAUCUAAUACGUGACUAAUCUAAUAUGAUUAUUUUCUCUCUUUCUCUUUCUUUUUCUCUUCCAUUCUCUUUCUUUCUUUCUUUCUUUCAUCCUUUCUUUUUCUUAAUAAAAUAAGACUAAAGACAUACCAAAUGAAAUGAAACGUAAGGACAAGUUUUUGUUAGGUUUAGAGUAAUAUCGCAUAUCAAGAGAGCAAAAGAAAAGCGAAAAAGAAAAAAAUGUUUAAAAAAAAAAAAAAGAAAGAAUAAUACAAAGAAGAAGAAGAAAAAAAAAACAAAUAAAUACAUGCGCUAAAUGCACUCUCUGUAUUUGCCUAUGCACGUCCCGAUGAACGCGCCGCAUCAUCGGGACGCACAAGACCACUUUUACUCUAGCAAGAGUAUACGACUAGGAGUAUUAAUAUAUUUAAUAUUAAUAAUCAAUGCGAAUUUUCUUCGUUCGUAAUCGGAUGGUCCUAACUUUCUUUUUUCUCUUUUUCUUUCUUUUAUAUAUAUAUAUAUAUAUAUAUAUACAUAUUUUUUUUUGUAUUUUUUAUUUAUCUUCUUUUCAUUAUUUUUUUCUUUUUUAUUUUUCUUUUUUUUCGGAUCACCUCAACGCCAUUAUCCCGUAGUUAUAACGUCGAGCCUUUUGUCGAACAAAUUACACACAUACAUACAGAGAGAGAGAGAGAGAGAGACGCAACACACAUACACAUUUACACGUGUUUAUUACGAAUUUAUAUUCGUAAAAUAAAUAAAAACAUUUAACAAUUGUAACAAUACGAGUGCAAUGACGCGAUCAAUAGCAAAAUUAAAAUGGAAAAAAUAAAUUAAAAAACGAGUAACGAUGAAUUCUGUGUACGAAUCAACAUUUUUUCUUUUUUUCUUUUUCUUUUUUUUUAAUAAAUUGAUUAGACCAAUCGUUGAAUAGUAUUCUUUUAUUUUUUCUGUUAUUUUUUUUUUUUUUUUAGAUUAUACCGACGUCCGAAACAAAAAUCGUGAAUUUGAUUAUUUCAUAUCAAAGUA